AUGGCCACCACUGGGAACAAGAAUAUCAAUGCUAAACUGGUGCUUCUUGGAGAUGUUGGUGCAGGAAAGUCCAGUCUUGUAUUGCGUUUUGUUAAAGGACAGUUUGUUGAGUUUCAGGAAUCAACCAUAGGUGCUGCGUUUUUCUCCCAGACAUUGGCUGUCAAUGAUGCAACUAUAAAAUUUGAGAUUUGGGACACAGCAGGUCAGGAGAGAUACCACAGCUUGGCUCCAAUGUACUACAGGGGAGCUGCUGCAGCAAUUAUAGUGUAUGAUAUAUCUAAUCAGGCCUCAUUUGAGCGAGCGAAAAAAUGGGUUCAAGAACUUCAGGCUCAAGGCAACCCAAAUAUGGUUAUGGCACUUGCGGGGAACAAAGCUGAUUUGCUAGAUUCAAGGAAGGUUGCUGCUGAGGAAGCACAAGUUUAUGCUCAGGAGAAUGGCCUUUUCUUUAUGGAAACCUCAGCAAAAACUGCAACCAAUCAAAAAGACUACCUCGAUUGCAGCCAGCACCAAACCCUUCUGGAAUGGUUAUUAUGGAUAGACCUACAGAAAGGACAGCAAGCGCAUCUUGCUGCUCCUAAAUACCCGAGUGGCAGCGAUAUUGUUGCAUGUCUGUAUCUUCUUAGUAGUGCUCGUGAUGCUCACUAG